UUGCGUGCCUAGGGCGCCUCGGGGCAGCGGUCGUUGACGGCCUGUCGUAAAUCGAAUCCUUCCUUUGCUUUUCUCAUUGCUUGGCUGCGAGCUGCGGCCUGUCCAGGGUCUCGCGCGCUUUCCGGCCGCGGCGCUGAGAGGAGCCGAGCGAGCGCGGCCUGGGGCUCGGCCCCCGAGAUGCCCCCCAAGAAACCGCCGCCUGUGGCGGGGCCUAGCAAGAAGUCGGACCAGAAAAAAAAGGAGAAGAUCAUCGAGGACAAAACCUUUGGUCUAAAGAAUAAGAAAGGAGCAAAACAACAGAAAUUUAUCAAGGCUGUGACUCAUCAGGUUAAAUUUGGUCAACAAAAUCCACGACAGGCUUCUCAAGCUGAAGGUGACAAGAAAUUCAAGAAAGAUGAUAAGAAGAAGGAAUUACAGGAACUAAAUGAACUUUUCAAACCUGUAGUUGCUGCGCAAAAAAUUAGUAAAGGUGCAGAUCCCAAAUCAGUAGUUUGUGCUUUCUUCAAGCAAGGACAGUGCACUAAAGGAGAUAAGUGCAAGUUUUCUCAUGAUUUAUCUUUGGAGAGAAAGUGUGAAAAACGAAGUGUUUACAUUGAUGCAAGAGAUGAAGAGCUUGAAAAAGAUACAAUGGAUAAUUGGGACGAGAAAAAGCUUGAAGAGGUGGUGAACAAGAAGCAUGGUGAGGCGGAAAAGAAAAAACCCAAAACUCAAAUAGUUUGCAAGUAUUUUCUUGAUGCUAUCGAAAACAACAAAUAUGGCUGGUUUUGGGUUUGUCCUGGUGGAGGAGACAACUGUAUGUACCGCCAUGCUCUACCUCCUGGCUUUGUACUAAAAAAAGACAAAAAGAAGGAGGAAAAGGAAGAUGAAGUUUCUUUAGAAGAUCUGAUAGAAAGAGAGCGUGCUGCCUUAGGACCAAACAUUACCAAAAUCACCCUAGAGUCUUUUCUUGCAUGGAAGAAAAGAAAAAGACAAGAAAAGAUUGACAAGGCUGAGCAGGAUAUGGAACGGAGGAAAGCUGAUUUUAAAGCUGGCAAAGCACUGGUGAUCAGUGGACGUGAAGUAUUUGAGUUCCGACCUGAGUUGGUUGAUGCAGAUGAUGAAGAAGCAGAUGACACACAUUAUAGUCAAGGAACAAGUGAAGAUGAGGUUGAAGAUUUUGUGAGGGUAAAUGAUGUAGACUUGAACUUGUAUGUCCCAAAGGAUGUAGAUGAAACUGGUAUUACUGUGGCUAGUCUUGAGCGAUUCAGCACAUACACUUCAGUGGAAAAAGAUGAUAACAAAUUAAGUGAAGCUUCAGGAGGUGGGAUGGAAAAUGGGGAGCAAAGUGACUUAGAAGAAAACGAGGUAGAAGAACAGGAAAAUGGAGUAAUAGAUGCAGUUCCUGUUGAUGAAAAUCUUUUUACUGGAGAGGACUUGGAUGAUCUAGAAGAAGAAUUAAACACUCUCGAUUUAGAGGAAUGAACAAACAAAUCCAAUAAGAAAAUUGAAAAUUUCCUUACAAAGUGAAAACUGACAACAUCAUUUUUUUCAUCUAGAAUUCUUAAACAGGAUGUUUAUGACUUUUCCCAACUGAUUCUGGAGGGCAUCAAAAACCAGAAGUACUUUCUUCAGUUUCCAUUACUCCAGUCUUGACUACACCUCAUAGUAAGAUAUUCAGUGUAGCUGUUAAUUAAAUUGAGAGCUGUCAUCACAGAAAAUGAGGUGUAAUUUUCAACUAAAAGUAGGAAUUGAGUUUAAGUGGAUUUAUUAUUUCCAGGUACAGUAUACUGUCAAAGUGAACUUCCUUCACCUUUUAAUAAGUAAAUUGAGUUGAUAUAGAAACUGCCUAAAAUAUUUGAGCAAUGUACUCUAAAUGAAAGUGAUACAGAUUCAGAAGUUUAUGCUCCUGCAAGUAUUGAUAUGCUUUAAUUCUUCAACUGGAUGCUAAAGAUGCAGAUUCGUGAAUUGAUACAGCGUCAGCUGUGGUGCCCUCUGUUUAAAAUGUUUUAAACUUUCCCUCCACCUUUUGCCAACAAGGUUGUAAAUAAAGACUGUCAACUUUAAAAUCA